GGCUAUUAUUUAGGUCGGGGUCCAAACCGCUGAAUUUAGCUCCGGCCAGGGUUUGAUGUGUUUUUAUCAAGAAUUUGACCCGGAGCCUAGAACUAAUAUUGACGGGGAUACUGCAGGGGAUAUUAGGACGGUCUCGGAUUUUAAUUCGGGGUUCGUUCGUGAAAUCGACGUUUUAGUACGGGAAGGUUAAACCGGUGUUUGAACGACCAGAACUGGUG